AUUACUAAUUUAUUUCUUCUCGAUGCUUGGUUUUAACCCGUAUUCAUCUUGUUGCUGAGAUGGUUAUAUCCUGCUAUUGCUUAUUCAGGAUAACAAGGAAAGGAUCAUACGCUAAAAGGCUGCAAAGAUGGGGGUCAUAUGAGAGUGAACUGUCAACCUGUUCUUCUCUAGAAAUAAAGAGAUAGCUCCAACAUUCUCUCUGUUCCUAAUGUCUUCAGCACAAUUAAGGUUCGACCACAAUUCUAGAAAUGCAAAAAGAGGGUCACAGGAUCUUUUGGGCAGCAAGGAUUUUGAACUUCAUGAAUGUGAGAAAGAUGAUUCACAUGAACCUUCAAGUAUGUUAGAGUCAGAGCUCAAAGUUUUGAGCGCGGAGAGUGUUCAUGUUCUGAAAUUAUGCGGAGGAAACCAAUUGAUUGAGGAGUUCUAUUCUCAAACAUAUUGUGAUGAUGUUGCAAAGCUAGACCACCACCUCAAAGGCUACAACCCCUCUGCAUAUAAUUACAAAGAUAGCCAAUUGCACAUGCUCCAAAAUGUUGUAGGCGAUGGUUCCCAGAGAACACCAAUAUAUACAGAUUCCGGAGGAUUUAUGGAACUUGAUUAUUACAUGGACCUAGAUCCUGGACAAACUAAGAAGGCUUGUUCUAAACUGGAUUCUGAAUGGAUUGGAGUUCAGAAGGCUCAACCAUGGUGGCGCACAGCUGAUAAGGAAUUAUCUGCCUCAGGUUCUCCCAAUUCAUCUGGAUGUAUCACGUAUUCUGAUCAUUCAUGGCAUCAGUCUUUGGGAAUUGAGUCAUAUAAUUGUUCUAACCAGGUUAGUAUGGUAGAAAAGGAAUCUCUGGUUACUCCUGAUUAUUGUCCAAGACAACAUCCUUCACAAAGCCAACUGAAGAUAUUGUGUGUUGGCAAAGGGUGCUUAACACGUCGUUCAGGACAGCCAGUAAGUGGUGAUGACAAUUUAAGUAUUGCCAACGUCCUCUCAUCAGAAACCCAACCAGGAUCAAGCGAUCUCAGCAAAACACAGCUGUUAGAAGCACUAUGCCAUUCUCAAACCCGUGCAAGAGAGGCUGAACAACUGGCACAGCAAGCCUACAACGAGAAGGAGCACGUGAUCAAGCUGUUCUUCAGGCAGGCAUCUCACCUCUUUGCUUACCGGCAGUGGCUUCAAAUUUUGCAGCUUGAAGCUCUUGUCCUCCAGCUCAGGAACAAAGAUGAGCAAGAUUCCAUCAACUAUUUGACUUGCUUCCCCGUUAUCCCAAUCAAAGGACGGAAAGUGAAGAAGUUUAGAUAUAAUAAGCCUAUUAAGAAGAAGGCAGGAAAGGGAAAAUUCAAGAUAAACAAGUCUGCUGUAGCUUUUGCCUUGGGUUUAAGUCUUGCUGGUGCUGGUUUGCUACUUGGUUUGACCAUGGGAUGGCUAUUUCCUGCUCUCUAAACCAUCUUUCUGGUUUGCUUAAUUCACGUAUGUAUGUUCCAUGCAUUUUUCUAUCAGAUCAAGUCGGAGAUAGAUAGGAUUACACAUUCUGUAAAUAUACGACUACUACGCCUCAAUCCCAAAGGCAUUUUGUAAAUAUUGUUGGGCUAAGGUCUUAUAUCAUAUGUAAGCUGUGUGUUUUCUCAUAUCAGAAUGCUUUGGAGAUUAUUCCAGUAGGUAGGAUAUUAAUAUAUUUGGGCUAGCUGAAUAUACUUUCUCUGUUCAGAUGAUUAAAAAGUUUGUGAAAUCUUUGUAUGUUAUAUU